AUGACACCCUCGUGCUGCUCCCCGCGCUGUCAGCCCCCCUGCUGCAGGACCACCUGCUGUGAGUCCAGCUGCUGCCAGCCCUGCUGCCCCCCCACGUGCUGUCAAACCACCUGCUGCAGGACCACCUGCUGCAGACCUACCUGUGUGACCAGCUGCUGCCCGCCCACCUGUUGCAGCAAACCCUGCUGUCAGCCCACCUGCUGUGAGUCCAUCUGCUGCCAGCCCUCAUGCCCUCCAACUUGCUAUCAAACUAGUGAAACCACCUGCUGUAGGACCACCUGCCACAAGCCUACUUGUGUGACCACCUGCUGUCAGCCCACCUGCUGUGGGUCCAGCAGCUGUGGACAAACCUUCAGUGGGUCCAGCUGCAGCCAGCCUUGCUGCCAGUCGGUCUGCUGCCAGCCUUGCAGCCGCCCUGUCUGCUGUCAGACCACCUGCUGCCGCCCCAGCUGUGUGUCUACCUGCUGUCAGCCUUCCUGUGGGAAAUCCAGCUGCUGCCAGCCCUGCUGCCCCCCCACGUGCUGUCAAACCACCUGCUGCAGACCUACCUGUGUGACCAGCUGCUGCCCGCCCACCUGUUGCAGCAAACCCUGCUGUCAGCCCACCUGCUGUGAGUCCAUCAGCUGCCAGCCCUCUUGCCCUCCAACUUGCUAUCAAACUAGUGAAACCACCUGCUGUAGGACCACCUGCCACAAGCCUACUUGUGUGACCACCUGCUGUCAGCCCACCUGCUGUGGGUCCAGCAGCUGUGGACAAACCUUCAGUGGGUCCAGCUGCGGCCAACCUUGCUGCCAGUCGGUGUACUGUGCCCCUGUGUACUGCCACAGAAUCUGCUACCACCCCACGUGCUGCUGCCUGCCUGGGUGCCAAGCCCAGGAAUGUGGGUCCAGCUGCUGUCAGCCUUGCAGCCACCCUGUCUGCUGUCAGACCACCUGCUGUCAGACCACCUGCUGCCGCCCCAGCUGUGUGUCCACCUGCUGCCCUUCCUCCUGCUGA